UGCUGAACGAAAGAUAAGUUUUUCUGAAAAUGUAUCAUUCCUACUGUCGAACGAGUUUUUUGAGCUUGAUAACCCUUUCCUUUGAUACUUUUUUUAGCGUUAAGUUGAUCUUCUAAUGAUGAGUUACAAAGAUAAUAAUAUCUUGGGUCAUCGGAAUGUUUAGAAAUAAUGUUGAUAAACUCAACUUUGUAACAAUAAAUGACGAAAGAUAUCAAUAAACAAGCCUCUUUCUCUGUGAACAAGCAACCGGUGAAGUUCGUGUUGUGAUUGAGCUGUGUGUUCUCCACAAUACCGGAAUGUAUUCCAAUAACAGAAAUCGCUACAUGCCAGCCAUGUAUCCUGACCAAGCGUCUUGUUCACCACCGUUUGAUGGAUUUAUUAUGGGAAAUCACAACAGAAGGUCUGACACAGAAUACACCCUCAAAUCGUACAAGUUGAACUUCAGCAUGUAUGGAGCAGAGAAUCCAACAAGAGUGUCGAUUCCGGCAGUUGAUUUCAGAAGCGACACAGUAACAAGACCAACGCAAGAGAUGAGGCAAGCCAUGUUUGAAGCUGAGGUUGGAGAUGAUGUUAUGGAGGAAGAUCCUACUGUAAAGAUACUUGAAAAGAAGGUAGCAGCUCUGUGUGACAAAGAAGCUGGACUCUAUGUUUCCAGUGGCACCAUGGGAAACUUAGUGGCAAUAAUGGCUCACACCGCUCAUGUGAGGGGAGCAGACAUUAUUGUCGGAAGCAAAUGCCAUAUUGUCCGUUAUGAGCAAGGAGGUGCUGCUCAAAUUGGAGGAGUGACACUGAACGUUGUGCCGAACAACCCGGAUGGAACAUUCGACAUCGACGAAAUGCUGACCCAGAUCCACGAGGGGGAACAUGACGUGCAUUACCCGGUUACUGCGCUCAUCUGCGUCGAGAACACCCACAAUGCUUGCGGGGGGCGCAUACUUCCUCUCAGCUGGCUCAGCAGUAUCGUCGAAAUUGGCAAGGAGAAGAACAUCCCUCUGCACAUGGACGGAGCCAGGCUGUUCAACGCUGUUGUGGCUCAGGGAGUGUCAGCCGCCGAGAUCACACGUGGAUUCUCAUCAGUCAGCAUCUGUCUCAGCAAAGGCCUCGGCGCUCCUGUCGGAUCAGUGCUCGUUGGAAGUCAGGACUUCAUCAAAAAAGCUCGCCGUAUCAGGAAAGUUCUGGGAGGAGGUAUGCGACAGGUCGGUGUGAUAGCUGCUGCUGGACUCUAUGCUGUUGAAAACAACAUCAAACGACUGGCCGAAGAUCACUACAACACCCUCACUCUGGCUAACGCGAUUGCCGAACUGAAGAGUGACCUGGUAAAAGUGAACCUGGAAGUGGUUGAAACCAACAUUCUCUUCAUUUACUUUGACAACAGUCAGCUGACUCCUGAGGAAUUCUGUAGCCGUAUGGUCAAGGUAACUGAAGAAGAAAGAAACGCAUUGGGAGACAACGACGUUUGCGCCGUCCAAAUGUUCUCGAUGGACUCAUUCUCCGCCCGCAUCGUGCUUCACAGCAACUUGACAGCGCGGGACGUUAAACUCGCCAUGAAAAAGUUUCAGUUUGUCAUCAAAGAGUUCAUGUCACGGACUCUCUAAAAUUCAAUUAAAAUUAUGUGACGUCACCUAUAGAUUAAAUAAUUAACAACUCUAUAGGGUUUUGUGAUUCCCGGUGUAAUUAUUUUCUAGUAUAAAAAGCCAAACGUAUUUAUUAGCGAGUAUCAAAUAAACUCAAAUUAUUUCAAGAGCUUUGAAAAUAAUUAAUCUACAUAAACAGAUAAAUUUCAAUUUCUUAAAUAUUCUGCAAUCUGCAAAUAAUAUAUUUUUAUUUGGCAACGCUGAGUACAUUUUUAAAUUGCUAACACAUCAUUGAAUAACGUACGGUACUCGUUCUAUUUUUCCAACACAAAAUCUUAUCCUUAGUUUUUGUUAGUGUAUUGAUAUUUUCAAUCAUAAUAUAUUUUAUAUUCAUCACCUACUAAUAAAAUAUGUUAGAUUGCAUAAUAUAAAACAUUAGUAAACUAUAUCCAUUCAUAACAUAAUAUUGUGACAAGUUUUAUUGUGAUAUUUACCCAUUGUAGAAUAGUGAAUGAUGAUUUUCAUCAAUAAUAUAUUUUUGCAAUAAAUGCAUGCUUCUGAGUUUUUUCAAGUUUGUAUUUAGAAUUUAGUACGUAGUUGAACAUUGAAUAAAUGUUUGUUUUAAAUAAAUAAUC